GAGCCGGAAGGAGCCGGAAGGAGCCGAAGAGGGCCGAAGAGAGCCGAAGGGGUGCGAAGAUGUCGGCCUCGCUGCUGCGCAAGGGCCUGGAGCUCCUGGGCAGCCCGGCGGAGCGCCGCGUCCCCCCAGGCGCCGGGAACAACUGCCAGGGCUCGACCAAGGCCUCGGGACUGCAGCCUCCACAGAGGAGGAGGUCGAGGAGGAAGGCGGCGUCCAAGCCGAAGCAGCCCACCGCGAAGGGGAAGGUCGCCAAGUCCGUCGUCGAGGAGUUCCAGAAGCACAGGGCCAAGAAUCAUCUGAAGGCAAACCUGCGGUUCAUGACGCUCAGCUGUGACAUCGCAGACCCGCAGGUCACCAAGACGAUUCUGACCCAGAACCGGGGCAGGAAAGCCAAGGACCGGCCCGCAGACUGGAAGAAGCGGCCCCGGCGGCCCCAGGGCACCGUCUUCACCGAGGAGGACUUCAAGAAGUUCGAGAGGGAGUAUUUUGGGACGGCGGGAACCAGAUGACGGAGCCGGGAGGACGGCCGGGUCGGGACUCGGGGGCCGGGGGUUCGGCCCCGGGCGCCGGUGGCCCUCGGCCCGGUGGGGAUCCGGCCCGGGGGCCGGAGCGAGGACGGCGGGGAGCCCUGCGGCUCGGGGGGCCGGGAUUCCGGUGGGGUCUGCCGCUGCUCCCGCUCCUCCUCCUCCUCCUCCACCACCUUCCCCCAGCCUGCCCCUACCCCAGGCCGGAGGGGGCCGAGGGCCCUGGCUGGGCCGAGAACUGAUGGCAGCACUGCCCUGUCCCGGGUGGAAACCUCGGGGACCUCCCGCCCAACCCCGGGGGCGGUCCCCGAGCGUGGGCCGUGGGAGCCUGGGGGUGUCGACCGAAACAGCUGGGUUUUUCCUAGCUGUUUCUUUUCGCACCGGGAUCCGGAAGCGCCGGAGCAUCUUGGUUUCUGGGCUUCUGUCCGGCCCGUUGAGGGCAGGGCGUCUUUCCUCCUUGGACUUGGUCAUCCUCACCUCACCCUCGCCUUUCUCCCGAGUUUGUGUGAAAACGCAAAUAAAGCAGCUCUGGCCGGUGCCAGGGCGUUGUGCUCUC